UCGUCUGCCCCGCGCCGCCAACGCCUCCCCUCCCCUCCCCUCUCCUUCUUCCAUUGAUCGGAGGAGUUGGACCUGGCGGCGCGCGUCGAUUAACACCCCCUCCCCCCCUCCCCCCUCAAUUCGAUUCGCAACCACCCCAGCACCGCCUUCUACCCUACCGCCAAACCCUAACCCUAAUCUAUCCGCCGGCUGCCACGCCCGGCCCGGCCCCAAUGCCGGAGACGGACCCCGCCGCCGCCCCCGACGAACCUGCCUCCGCCCCGCCACAAGAGGACGAGGAGGCGCUGCUCGCCCGCGCCCAGAAUGUCAUCUCCAGGAUCCUCGAACGCGAGCACGACCCCAACCCCAAUCCCCGCCUCCUCCACACCCUCGCCACCAUGUGUGAGCUCCACGAAGCCAGAUAUCUUCAGCUAUCUGCAUCUAACCCUACGCCUAACAACACAAACACAAGGAGCACCUAUACAAUUGGCAAGCUAGCAAAUCUGUUCCGGGAUAACGACGACUUUUAUGAGUUGGUGUUUUGUAAGUUCUUGUCGGAUACAUCCUACUCUGUUGCCGUACGUGCUGCUGCUGCUAGGCUGCUCCUGAGCUGCCAUUCUACUUGGACGCCUCAGUAUCCCCAUGCUUUUGAAGACUCUAUCAUAGAGAAUAUUAAAAAAUGGGUAACGGAGGAUUCUGAAGCGUCUAGUGAAUGUGAAUGGAAGUAUCUAGGAAGAAAUAAACCCACAGACGCUGAGAUGUUGAGAACAUAUGCCAUUGGGUUGCUCGCUAUGGCGUUGUGCAGUGGUGGGCAAUUGGUGGAGGAUGUCUUGAAUAUGGGGGUAUCAGCGAAGCUCAUGCACUUUUUGCGUGUAAGAGUCCUUGGGGAUGCCUCAUCUUCUCAGAAAGAUUCUAACCAUCCACAAGACACCAAGCAUCCUCGGGGCAGAGAUGAUAGCAGGAGCAAAUCACGUCUGGCUCAAGAUGUUUCUCGACUGGAUGGAACAAGGGUUGGGUGUGGAAUAUUAACCGACCUAACUUCAGAGAAGGACAAUGAACCUGGUGUUGGAAUGAGGCAAGUACAUGGAGAAAGGUCAGUGGAUGACACUGUUGCAUUGUUGGAUAAUUCUGAUGCCCCCGAGGCUGAUAGGGUCAAUGAUCGAUCUUAUGGUACAAGUAUUUGUGACGUAAAGUCAAAAUUUGGGGAAAAGCAUUCUGUGAUCAGGCUUGUUAAAGAUGAAGAUAUCAGCGAAAAUGGUGAACUAUUGAAGAGAAAGCUGAAUCGAGCCACUUCUCGACUUAGAGUGAAGGGCAAAGCUGGUGAAAGCUUGCCUGAAACAGAAAUAACGCCUUUAUCGCCAACCUCUGGAUUGAGAAUAGGAGGUCGGGCUAUCAGAGACAGGAAUGCGGUGAGGGUUGAUGACCCAAAGAAGGCAACUGAUGUGAACGAUAGAUCUGCAGGUCUUGAGUCAUUUAACGCUAUUUCCAGGGAAGAAUAUGAAGACCGGUUCAGGGAUUGCAUUAUUGGCUUGAAGGAUAUAUCUGACAUUGUUUUGAAGGCAGUGAGAGCCGCUGAGUCCGAGGCCAGAUCUGCAAAUGCACCUGAUGAUGCUGUAAAAGCAGCAGGUGAUGCUGCUGCUGAGCUUGUGAAAUCUGCUGCUUUGGAGGUUUGGAAAAGUGAAAGUAAUGGUGAUGCGGUUGUAUUAGCUGCAGAGAAAGCUGCAUCUGCUGUAGUAGAGGCUGCCGUGUCAACAAGUGUCUCACGAAGCUCAAACCAAGUCGGCGAAGAGCGUGCGGUGGAAGAAGCUGUGCAAACCAGCAAAGACCAGGAUUUGGAAAAUUUUGUUAUCAGUGACCAAGGGCAGCUCUUGCAACUUAGAGAAAAAUAUAGUAUCCAGUGUCUACAGAUUUUGGGAGAGUAUGUUGAAGCUUUGGGUCCUGUUCUCUAUGAAAAAGGUGUUGAUGUUUGCCUUGCAUUAUUGCAAAGGAGCAUGAAAGAGCACGAGGGACACCACCACUUUGCUCUACUUCCUGAUGUCCUUAAAUUAAUUUGUGCACUGGCUGCCCACCGAAAAUUUGCUGCUCUCUUUGUUGAUCGUGGUGGUAUUCAGAAGAUCCUCUCUGUUCCUAGGAUUAAUCAGACAUAUAUGGGUCUUUCUGCUUGCUUAUUUACUUUUGGGUCUCUUCAGUCUACCAUGGAACGUGUUUGUGCACUCCCAUCUGACACACUUGACAGUGUUGUUGAACUAGCACUUCAACUUCUUAAGUGCCCACAAGAUUUAGCUAGAAAAAGUGCAGCCAUUUUUUUCGCUGCUGCUUUUGUGUUCAAAGCUGUUCUGGAUUUGUUUGAUGCACGAGAUGGGAUGCAAAAGCUUCUUGAUAUCCUAUAUGGAUGUGCGUCUGGAAGAUCUGGUGGUAACUCCGGCGGACUAGGAUCCUCCCACAUAAAUCAAGGGAAUGAUCAGUCGCCUGCCGAAGUUUUGACUGCAUCAGAGAAGCAAGUUGCAUACCAUUCAUGUGUUGCACUGCGGCAAUACUUUAGAGCUCAUCUCCUUCAGCUUGUUGAUUCCAUUCGGCCAAGCAAAAGCAUCCGUAGUAUUGCUCGGAACACUUCUAGUGCAAGAGCUGGUUACAAACCUUUUGACAUUAGCAAUGAGGCCAUGGAUGCUGUCUUUCGUCAGAUCCAGCGGGACAGAAAGUUAGGCCCUGCUCUUGUGAGAGCUCGUUGGCCUGUGCUGGACAAAUUUGUGGCCUCAAAUGGUCACAUGACUAUGCUAGAGUUAUGCAAGUUUCAGGCACAUGGCGAUCGAUAUCUGCGUGACCUAACUCAAUAUGCAAUUGGAGUUCUUCACAUUAUAACACUUAUGCCACACCCAAACGUCCGCAAGCCAAUAGUGCAUGCAACAUUAAGCAACAAUCGUGUUGGUAUGGCUGUUCUAUUAGAUGCUGUGAAAAGUUUCGACUAUAUUGAUCAUGAGGUGAUCUGUCCAGCAUUGAAUGUUCUCGUCAAUCUUGUAUGCCCACCUCCAUCUAUCAGUAACAAGCCAUCCUCAACUGCCAAUCAGCAACCUGCAGCUGCGCAAGCACUUGUUUCAGAAAGCAGAGACAGGAACUUCGAAAAAAGUGUUUCAGAUAGGAAUCUUCUAGCAAAUCAGGGUGAAUCUCGUGAACGAUCUGCUGAUGUCAACCCUUCUGAAAGGAAUAAUACCUUACAUCAAGGAACUCCCUGCACACCUGUUGUGCCAUCUGGAGUAGUCGGUGAUCGAAGAAUAACGUUAGGAGUUGGAGUUGGCGGUCCUGGUCUUGCUGCUCAAUUGGAACAAGGAUAUCGUCAAGCUCGUGAAGUUGUAAGAGCAAACAAUGGCAUAAAAAUUCUUUUACAGCUUCUCAGUUCUCGGAUGGUUACACAUCCUGUGGCUAUAGAUUCUAUUAGAGCCCUUGCCUGCCGUGUCCUGCUGGGUCUAGCCAGAGACGAUGCAAUUGCACAUAUACUGACAAAGCUCCAGGUGGGCAAGAAAUUAUCAGAACUGAUCCGUGAUACCAGUGCCCAGACGUUGGGGGGUGAUAGUGGAAGAUGGCAAGCUGAGCUGACCCAUGUGGCAAUUGAACUAAUUGGGGUCUUGACGAAUUCUGGAAAAGAAACAACAUUAGCAGCAACUGAUGCUGCUGCUCCAGCACUGAGGCGCAUUGAGCGAGCUGGGAUAGCUGCUGCUACUCCUAUCUCCUACCACUCAAGGGAACUGAUGCAGCUAAUACAUGAACAUCUCCUUGGGUCUGGUUUCACUGCCACUGCCGCCAUGCUGCAGAAGGAGGCUGGCCUUGCACCUUUGCCAUUGACAGCAGCAGUGCUUCCUGCUCACCAAGUUUCUGCCCUAGAAGCAUCAUCUGUUCAGCAACAGUGGCCCUCUGGGCGUGUUCAGGGGUUUCUCUCAGAGAAAACAAAUAUAUCCACAGAUCAGUCUGACCAGAGAUCUGAUUCUGUCCUGCCUUCAUCUAAGAAAAAGGCACUAACCUUCUCAUCCAGUUUCUCACAAAGAACUCUAUCUCCGCAUCCCAUUUCUGGUAAUAGAGCAAGCAACACCCUUAAAAGUCCUGUACCUAUUGGGGCUGAUACUGGAGAUGCAGAAACAUUGCAUAAAACACCACUGUCACUGCCACUUAAGAGGAAGUUUGUGGACGUGAAGGAUCAAAGUUCUGCAUCAUCAGUGAAACGCCCUGCAACAGCUGAUCAAAUAUACCAACCUUCUGCAUUCCAAACUCCUGCUCCUACUCGCAAAGGUCUGUCAGUAGCAGUAGAUUCUCCUACUUCAUUUAAUUGUGGUCGGACAAACUUCAACAACAUUUCUACUGACAACUUGGACAAUUCUCAAGGCACGCCGGGAGCAGUGACAACUACAGCACAUCCUGGUGUGAUUGAUCAACAGUCAGGAAAUUUAGAGCGAAUGACGCUCGAUUCACUGGUGGUACAAUACUUGAAACAUCAACAUCGUCAGUGUCCUGCUCCAGUUACAACUUUGCCACCACUUUCUCUAGUGCACCCACAUGUUUGCCCCGAGCCUAGUCGCAGCCUUAGUGCACCAGCAAACAUAUCUGCUCGUAUGGGAAGCCGUGAGAUAAGCAGGCAAUUUAGUGGGAUCCAGAUACCUCGUAGGGAUCGUCAUUUUAUAUACAGUCGGUUCAAGCAAUGUCGUGUUUGCCGUGACGAGGCUUCACUGUUGACUUGCAUGACAUUUCUUGGAGAUGCAUCUCGAGUUGCGGCUGGUAACCACACAGGUGAAUUAAGAAUAUUUGACUGCAACACGGCAAAUCUCUUAGAGACCCAAACAUGCCACCAACAUCUUGUUACAAUGAUGGAGUCCACAUAUUCUGGUGGAAAUGAGCUGAUUCUCACAUCCAGCCUAAAUGAGGUUAAGAUCUGGGAUGCCUUCUCGGUAUCUGGGGGGCCUUUGCACACAUUUGAGGAUUGCAAAGCUGCUAGGUUUAGCCACUCCGGAACUUUAUUUGCUGCCCUUUCUACUGAUACAGCUCAACGGGAGAUUCAGUUGUACGAUGUACAGACAUAUGCUCUUACUCAACGCCUUCCGGAUAACACUAACAAUUCAAGUUCAGGCCGCGGUUACAUCCAACCUAUUAUACAUUUUAGUCCUUCAGACACAAUGUUGCUUUGGAAUGGAGUCCUGUGGGAUACACGAGAAGCAAAUCCUGUUCAUCAGUUUGACCAGUUCACAGAUUAUUGUGGCGGUGGCUUCCAUCCAGCAGGAAAUGAGGUGAUCUUAAACUCAGAGGUGUGGGAUCUGAGGAAGUUUAAGCUUUUGAGGAGUGUCCCUUCCCUGGACCAGACAGUAAUAAAGUUUAAUGGCACUGGUGAUGUUAUCUAUGCCAUCCUGAGGCGUAAUCUUGACGACGUAACAUCAUCCAUCAAUGCUCGUAGGGUCAGACAUCCUCUUUUCCCUGCAUUCCGCACGAUUGAUGCCGUGACUUACUCGGAUAUUGCAACUGUUCAAAUUGACCGCUGUGUCCUUGAUCUUGCCACUGAGCCCAAUGAUUCUCUUAUCGGGGUGGUUGCUAUGGAUGAUCACCAGGAGCUGUUCUCUUCUGCUCGCUUGUUCGAAGUUGGCAGGAAGCGAAUAACUGAUGAUGAUUCAGAUCCGGAGGAUGCAGGUGACACCGACGAUGAAGAUGAUGAUGACAACUCUGAUGACGGUGUUGUGCUUGCUCCCGUGCUGGAAGGGGAAUCGGAUUCUGAGGAUCUAAGUAACAGCAGCGAUGAUGGUGGCGAUGAUGAUAUCCCCAGUUCGGAUGAAAUUGAAGAUGAUCCAGAGUUCAUUGAUGAUGGUGACCUUGAUGGGGGAGGGGGCUUGUUGGAUAUUAUGGGUGAUGCUGAAGGGGAGGACGAUGAAAGUGAUGAUAUGAUGGGGUCCUUCAGCAGUGGUGAUGAGGAUGGUUGGAUAUUGUAGGUUUCCUGCCUUGCGGGUGGGAUGGGCCGCUGCUUGCAAGAGCAUGGAGCAUGGUUUACAUCUUUGGGCUGGUCCUGUACGAGUCCGAAAUUUUACGGUCGCAUUGUUAAUGUAAUUAUUUCCUUGUUCUUGUGGGGGUUGGGGUAGCUCUGCUGUGUUAGGGAGUACGGAACAUGAUGAACUUCUGAGGCGUUAGAUGGUGUAAGUAAGCUGGGAAAGCUUGUGAGUUUUGCUUUUUGUUUAAGACAACACCAUCGAUUAUAUAUUUUUUUUCUGUGAUC